AUAUUUUGAGAUUAGAAAUGGUUAGAGUAUUGACAAUUAUAUCAUUCCUGGUGAUCGGAGCAGCUGGUUGGCUAUAUUGGUUUUGGAAAAAUGAUCUGUUGGCACCUUUGGACCCCCAGGAGUGGUGGGGGUCGAUGGAACUGAAGGGGGGUGAUACGAGUGUGAGGCCCUUUAAAGUGAAAUUUAGUGAGGAGAUGAUAGUAGACCUGAAAUGCCGUCUACUCAACACCCGCGCACCCCCUCCCCCGCUAGAGGGCGUAGCCUUCCAGUACGGCUUCAACAGUCUUCAUCUGAACUCCUGGAAGGAGUACUGGGCGCAGAAGUAUAAUUUUACGGAGAGGGAGCAGUUCUUCAACCAGUUCCAGCAGUUCAAGACGAAUGUGCAGGGGAUGGAUCUGCAUUUUAUUUGGGUUAGGCCAAAGAUGAGGCCAGGUGUGAAAGUGUUACCACUCCUUCUUCUACACGGCUGGCCAGGGUCCGUGCGAGAGUUCUACGAGUUGAUUCCCCUACUGACUAGAAAGCCAAUCCAUGGAUUUGUGUUUGAGGUCAUAGUGCCCAGUCUUCCUGGCUUCGGCUUCUCCGAUUCACCCGUGCGUCAAGGUAUGGGCGGGCCUCAGACCGCCAUCCUUCUCAAGAACUUGAUGGAGCGGUUAGGGCACAAACAGUUCUACAUGCAAGGGGGGGACUGGGGGGGUAUCGUUGCUGCAGACCUGGCCACGCUGUACCCUGAGGCUGUGCUGGGGUUUCACACCAACCUACCUACAGUACAGCAUCCGUGUGCCAUAGCGUUGGCUGGUCUAAGUUUUAUAUUUCCUUCUUGGAUGGUAGACCCGGAGGUCGUGGACCGGACUAACAAACUUCGGCUGUAUUGGCGAGCUGGUGGCUACUUGACCUUGCAGGCCACCAAACCGGACACAAUUAGCAUCGCUCUGACGGAAUCGCCUCUAGGUCUCCUAGUCUACAUUCUCGAGAAGUUCUCCUCAGGCACCAACCCUGGCCUCGAGGAGCGGCCUGACGAGGGUCUGCUGGAGAAGUUCUCAAGAGACCAGCUCCUGGAUAAUGCGAUGACGUACUGGCUUGGCGGGACAACAGCAGCCAGGAUUUAUGCUGAUGGGUUUCAGGACAGGAUGAAGAGAUGGAGACUGUCUAUAAAAUCCACACCAGUCCCGACCUGGGUCCUCCAAGCCAAGUACGAGAUCCUGUACCAGACCCCAGCGGCCAUCAGAUUCAAGUUCCCCAACCUGCUGAACGUGACCGUGCUGCAUAGAGGAGGACAUUUCAUCGCCUUUGAGGAGCCUGAAGCAUUAGCUGAGGAUGUGUUUACGGCUGUGAAGGCCUUUACGGAGUUCCAUGAGAGAAAAUAAAAGUUAAUUACACAAACGGGUCUACCGCGAUAUAAUUUCAUUGUUUUUACCUUUAAUUCCGACGUUUCAGUUGAG